ACGACGAACAACGACGCUUUUCAUCACCGACGCAUGUCAUGUCAUCGCUGGAGACCUUCGAGAGUACUCUCAAAGAUGUGGUUCAGGCGAAACGAUUGUCUCAGUCGAAGAUGAAGAAACUUACCGAUAACGCACUGAAAUGCAUGAAGUACGAUACGCAACUGGUUUCGACGCUCUAUCGCACCCACAAGACACUGUCUACUGCCUCAAAGAUCUCUAGCCUAUACGUUUUCGAUGCUCUGGCCCGUGCGGCACGACACCAGGUCAUAAAGCAAGAUGUGAAGGUGGAUUCCAAGUCUGAGAAGGGCAAUUGUGCCACCUUUCUCCUCAAGAUUGAGGGUGUCCUUGAUGGUCUUUUUCAGGACAUGGCGUCGCUGGAUCAUCCUGAUGCAAGGGAAAAGACCAAGAAGAUUCUAGACAUUUGGGUCAAGUCAAAUACGUUCCCUCCGGAUGUACUAGAGCGUUUGUCGAAAUUGGUUAAAGAGGUUACAGAGCAAGACUCCAAUAAAUUCGUAUCUGUUGCAACCGCAGACCCGCGGCAGCAGACGACUCCGCCAGUUGCGGUUCCGACGCCUCCACAGCAGGUGGCAGCAUCAACACCGCAACUCCCAGCGGCACCGACUGCGACGCCGACAACCGACGUACAAUCAACACUUCUAGCGCUUCUCAGCCAAGCUGCCAAUGCCGUUGCAAGCAAUGGGCAAACAACUGCAAAUACGCCCGCACCUGUAGCGAUCUCACAACUUGAUGCGAACCAGCUCGCAUUGUUUCAGCAGUUGGCACAGUCAGCCAAAGCAGGGAGUGCAGUCCCUACACAGCCCUUACCAUUACCCGUGUCAUUAGUGCCAUCCGCUACUGCAAAUGUUCCCCCUGUAGCACCUCCAAAUGGAGGGCCGCCUCAGCCAUAUCGAGAUGAUCAUUUCGGCUUUGGUCGUAGAGAUCCAAAAUAUGACAGAUUCGAUGGCCCAGAACGUGCGAGAGACCGUGAUGACUAUUAUGACGAUCGUCGCAACUUUAGAGGCGACUUUAGAGGUCGCUUUCCGAGAGGCGGCUUCCGUGGUCGCGGCGCCGGACGCGGACGUUGGGAUGAACGCGAACAGUAUACAGACAGAAACAGAGAGCGCGAGUGGAAUUCGCCUUCUGAAGGCAGACACAGUCGUUCUCGAAGUCCCCCUCGUAAUAGAUUCGCCGGAAGACGAGAUGUCAGACCUUACAGUCCGCCAAGGCGACCAUCUACUUCGCAAAUGUCCGGCGCUCCUCCAAUGACCCCCGGACCACCCACGCUAACUGGCAGAAAGGAUGAAUUUGGACGAGACCUCAGGCUGGAUUCGCCAACGCAAGCCACACCUCCGGGGACCACACCCCACCAAUUAAAACCGCCUUCGAUACCGAUCUCUACAUCAGUAGUUUCUGUAGACAGCACCGAAAAACCUUCCCAGCCGAUACUCGCAGAUCAUUCUGCCUCUGCGCAGAUAGAGUCUAACUACCCCGUUGCAUCAUCAUCAUCAUAUUCAUCUACAAUACCUUCAGUUGCAUCGCAAGACAAACUUGGUUUGGAUGUGUUCGAUCUUACGACUUUCAAUCCGAUGGAGCCGUCGUCGUGGGAGGCGCUGGGAAAAGCGUGGGCAGUUACGAACGGCUAUCUGCCGUCACAGGAGGAACUCAUGCAGUACAUUAUGGGCGGGAACAUGUUUCCUGUAACUAGUCAGUAUGGCGUGCAACAACAAGGCGAUCAUUGGUCUGGUCAUGAAGAGAACUGGAAUCGUCCACAAACAAAUCGAGGAAGAGGAAGAGGUCGCGGCAGUUUUGGUCACGGCAAUAGCCGAGGGGGGCAAUGGGGAUAUUCGGGCGAUCGACGUGGGGAUGACAGGGGUACAGAUGCAGUGAUGCUGGGCGGAGGGGAGGAAAUGGAGAGUUCGUAUGAUACAGGUUAUGAAGGGGCUGCAUGGCAGGAGCAACAACAGCAGAGUGGUACUUGGUCAAACGACAGUCGCGGGCAGUCUGUCCCUAGUGAAGAGGACACCUCGCAAGCUGAGCACCUCAGUCCAACUGGAGGAGCUCCCACAGGUAGGAUGCAGAGAGUAGGUGAUAAGUGGGUAUUCGUGCGAGGAGAAGCGGCGACAACAGAAGUAACAUCAUAGGAUGGACUUCCCUGCACGUUCUAUUGUAAUAUUCAGUUCCAUCAUUCGAUCCCCUCGUCUCACACAGAUUCCGUCGCAUUUCCCAUCCCAGCCAAUUCAUAGUUAUAGUUAUUUCUUACUCUUCCAUGCUCGUUGUCUCUGUAUAUAAGUCUUGGUCGAUUGACAUUGGAUUCCAUGUCGGAGGCAGUUGAGCACGAGAAGGGAUUUGGGAAGUAGAUGAGAUAAGCCAUCGUCGCGGUGCCUAUGCCGAUAAGACUGCCGACAAUCACAUCCUCUUUGUGAUGCCUCUGAAGAUGCGUUAGAUGCUAGAAGACAUUAAUGCAAAUACCGGUACGC